AAAAGUUGGCGAGCACGUAAUGGCCGAUGACAAACACAUCGACGCCGAUGACGAGGUUGAAAACACGGAGGAAGAUGUGGAGCUCGAUAUUUCAAACAGUGACGUUUGCACAAAGUACCGAGAAGCCGGGAAAAUUGCUAAUCUGGCGCUACAAGGGCUCGUGCUCCAAGUUAAGCCUGGGGCCAAGGUGCUAGAACUGUGCAAGUUCGGAGACAUGGUCAUAAUACAGAAGUGCGGCAGUAUUUAUCAGAAAAAGAUCAAGGGGAAGCUGAUCGAUAAAGGAGUGGCUUUCCCAACUUGCGUUUCUGUGAAUGAAUGUGUAUGCCACAAUUCCCCUCUUGAAUCAGACACUACCAGUGAAGUGCUUUCAGAAGGUGAUCUGGUGAAGCUAGACGUUGGUUGCUACGUGGAUGGCUACAUCGCCGUCGCUGCUCACACAAUGAUGUGCGGCAAGCAGCCGAGUAUUGACAGGCCCUUAUCAGGUCCUCAGGCGGACGUGCUCCAUGCAGCUCAUAUCGCCUGUGAGGUAGCACAGAAACUCCUCCGUCCAGGAAACACGAACUCGCAGGUGACGAAGGCCAUAGCCAAAGUUGCGGAGGACUUCAGCGUAAGCGCCUGUGCUGGAGUGCUGUCGCACCGAAUGAAGCGCUUUGUCAUUGAUGGCAACAAAGUCAUUCUGCUUCGCGAGGACACAGAUCAGAAAGUAGAAGAUUUUUCUUUUGAGCUAAACGAGGUUUACUCCAUAGACGUGGCCAUGUCUACUGGUGAUGGUAAGCCAAAAGAGAUGAUAUCCCGCACAACAAUCUUCAAACGUUCUGUUGACAAGAAUUACAUGCUGAAGAUGCGAUCAAGCCGGACACUCUUCAAUGAGAUAAACUCUAAGUUUCCGGCGCUACCGUUCACACUCCGUGCCCUUGACGAUGAGCGGCAGGCACGCAUGGGAGUCGUCGAAUGCUUGAAGCAUGAGCUCAUUCACCCGUACCCUGUUCUCUUUGAGAAAAAGGGGGACUAUGUAUCCCACUUUAAGUUCACAGUUUUAAUCCUUCCCAGUGGCCCCACUCGCAUUACUGGUCUCAAAUCGUUUGAAACUGAGGCUGUCAAGACUGAAAAAACCCUUUCAGAUGAUGUGAACGCUAUCAUGUCCCUUGCCUCUAAGAAGAAGAAGAAAAAAGCGAAGAAGAAGGCUACUGGUGACUGUCCGGUAUAAGCGGCCCGUGUAAGACAGGGACUUGAGGUCUAAUCGGGCAUGUAGACAACAGGGGCAAAACCAGCAAACGGGAGACGAGAGCUGCCGGGUGUGCAUGGGCACACCCGCGGGGCACGGCACUGGCAGCUCGCAGGUGGCGCUUGACACGCGGCCGCAAGUGGCGCGGGGGUGUUGGCGACUUCAAGUAGUGGCCUCGCCGGCCCUUUCAGGCCCGGACGCGGGGGUGUUGGACCGCUAUGUUGGGCCGGCGUUCCGGACCUGCCCAGGCCAGCGGCCGCUAGCCCGCCGCUCUAGCCCGCGGGAAAUACGACGACUUCUAAUUUAGGACCCGGCCGGGGCCCCGGAGCGGCGAACGCGGAAAAUACUAUUAGUAGUACGACGCGUACUAGUUUGGACCGUCGGACCCCAUCGAGAUACCACUAGUCCCAACUAACCU